AUGGCAGCGCCGUCAGAUCUAGAGCCCACAGUGACGAUGACGAACGGGGUCUCCCUUCCGGAUCCCUCUACUAAUGGCGUCGAUCGCGUCAACGGCUCCAACGACCCCAACGGCUGCAGCGAAGCACCUGCAACGGCUGCGACGCCCACCACACCAGUCAUGACUGCAACUCGCACGUCGCGGACGCCCAGUUUGACUGGCCUUUCACUCACAGAAUACAGCGCAAACCCAUCACCACCGUCGGAGAGCAGACGUCGAAGGGCCAAGAGUCUAGUGCCUGACGACUUCAUACUACCAAGUGGACAUCCAGACUAUCUGCGCCUGAUCCUGACUUCCAAGGUCUACGAGGUAUGCAAGGAAACGUCACUCACCCAUGCCGUCAACCUCAGCAACCGGCUCGAAUGCAACGUUCUCCUGAAGAGGGAGGAUGAGCAGCCCGUCUUCAGCUUCAAGCUUCGCGGUGCAUACAACAAGAUGGCUCAUCUCGAUCGCGCACAAUCAUGGAAAGGUGUCGUCUGCUGCUCGGCCGGCAACCACGCUCAGGGGGUGGCCUUUUCUGCCCGCAAGCUCAAGAUCCCCGCCACCAUCGUCAUGCCAGAGGCCACGCCCAGCAUCAAGCACCUCGCCGUGGCCCGUAUGGGUGGCCAUGUCGUGCUGCACGGGCCCGAUUUCGACGCGGCAAAGGAGGAGUGCGCCCGGCGCGAGAAGCACGACGGGCUCAUCAACAUCCCCCCAUUUGACGAUCCCUAUGUCAUUGCUGGCCAGGGCACCAUAGGAAUGGAGCUGCUCCGCCAGACCAACCUUCAGAAGCUGGAGGCCAUCUUUUGCUGCGUGGGCGGAGGCGGGCUCAUAUCCGGCAUAGGUGUCUACGUGAAACGGAUUGCACCGCACAUCAAGAUCAUUGGCGUCGAGACCCAUGAUGCCAACGCCAUGACGCAGUCGCUGGCCAAGGGCGAGCGUGUGCUUCUCAAGGACGUCGGGCUCUUUGCCGACGGCGCUGCUGUCAGGACAGUAGGCGAAGAGACUUUCCGCAUCUGCCAGGAGGUCAUCGAUGAGAUGGUCCAGGUGACUACGGACGAGGCGUGCGCUGCCAUCAAGGACAUAUUCGAGGACACCAGGUCCGUCGUCGAGCCCGCGGGGGCUCUGGCCCUGGCUGGGCUCAAGAAGUGGGUGGCGGCCAACCCGUCCACCGACCAGAAUCGUUCCCUUGUGGCCAUCACCAGCGGUGCAAACAUGAACUUUGACCGGUUGCGCUUCGUGGCGGAGCGCGCCAACGUCGGUGAGGGUCGCGAGGCGCUAUUGGCAGCCCGCAUUCCCGAGAAGCCCGGUUCAUUCUCCAAGCUCAUCGAAGCCAUCAUGCCCAACAACGUCACAGAGUUCACGUACCGCUACACGGAUGGCGAGGUGGCCAACAUAAUGCUGGGACUUUCGCUGACGGCGCCGGUCGCGCAGCGUGCCAACCAGCUGCAGCUGCUCAUGAACCGCAUCUCGAGUUCCGGAAUGGAUGUGACGGAUCUUUCGGGCGACGAGCUGGCCAAGAGCCACGUCCGGUAUCUCGUGGGAGGGCGGGCCAACGUGCCCAACGAGAGGCUGUACAUGUUUGAGUUCCCGGAGCGGCCCGGCGCGCUAGAGAAGUUCCUCGCCACGUUGCGGCCGCGCUACAACAUCAGUCUGUUCCAGUACCGCAACUACGGCAGCGACGUCGGCAAGAUCCUGGCGGGUAUUCAGUGCCCAGACGAAGAGAUGCCGGAGCUGGUCAAGUUUCUCAGGGAGAUUGGAUACCCGUGGUCCGACUGCUCUCAAUCAGAGGUCGCCAAGACCUUCUUGAGUUCAGGGUGUCAAUGA